AGCUGGACUGGCAGUCUUUAUCCAGCCGUCCAGCCAAACACUCGGCUCCCUUUCAUAUACAAUCGCUUGUUGUGUUACCGUGUUGUCAACUUAUCGUGAUUGUCUAACAAAACACAAUUCUCCUCUUACACAAGUUUUCGUUCAACAAUAUUAUUGUGGCCGGCGCAAAUAGACAAUUUAGAUCGGAGAAUAAAUUCUUAACACAGGAUUUGCAACAUCAAUCAUAUCGCCAGCAAGUUGUAUGUCAUUAUCAUUGGCAACCCAUUCUCCGAUAACAAAAAAGUGACAGACAUUGAAAAAAAAAAAAAAACAGAAAACAGAAAAAACAGGUGCGUGAGAAGAGCCGCGCGUUCCGGACUCUCCCGUGGUGCGGUGGAAAUGCUCCAGUGAACAAUAACGCCACAUCCGCUCAAUCAUCAUUCGUCUAUUUGAGACUGGCAAUAGCGACUUGCUGUUUCACUGUCCAUCCAGGGAGACGAGAGAGUGCCAAUCAUUUAUUGAACACAUCACAUUGAUUGUUCCAUGAGUGGACUCGGAAUCGAGAAAUGAGUCUGACAUUUGAUUAUCGUCGACUUCCUUGGCUGUUGCUUUUGUUGCUGGUCAGCGAGGGAACGUGCGACUACCGGGACGGUUUUGAGUAUCCGUUCAUCACGACCCGCCAUCCGGCGCCAGUUCGAUCCUAUUCAAUGGCUCCGGGGUGGCGGCAGUUUUAUCCGGAGGAUUACGACUUUAGCGACUACAGCCGUCACAUCACUCGCUCGGAUCCGGCAUCUCGCAACAGCGCCGCCGAGCAAAUUCCCAGUGGGCCUUAUUUUGCCCAGGAGCUCAAGAGGUACUACCACAAGCCGGCCGAGGAGCCGCACAAGGUGUACCAGACGUCGUGGAACAUGAUCGAUUCGGAAGGCAACGAAUAUUCCACCGUCUACAAUCGACCCGCAAUGACCGGCUACCAUCGCCCAUCGUCUUCAGCUUCUUCUUCUUCCGGAAUUCUACUGCCCACCGAUCAGUAUCCGUUCGUUCUGGACGCCUGGCAACAGCAGCAGCAGCAGCAGCAUCACGUCGAGCAGCAGCAUCACGUCGAGCAGCAGCCGAUAAAAGAGCGGCCGACCCGCAAACCCAUCAGCAAGAAACCUGUGCGCAAGAAGAACAAAGGAGUGCGGCCCAUUCAUCCAGCCGGUUACCAACAGCUUGUAACUAAGAUUCCGGAUAAAAAACACCAGUUCGACAUUGACAAAGUAGCCGACGGACUUGCACCCCAGUCGAUCGCUUCUGCGUACCCGAACGGCGUCAUGGGCACUUUGUCCCUUAUGGCCGGUCUCGUUUGGUACCUGGUCAACAAAUCGGCCACGCCCGUCAUCAAAAUGCGCCAGAAUUCGCGGGGCUACUCCGACAGCUACAGCAACAACGAAGACGAAGAGUCGUUGACACAGACGGCCAUCAACCAGCUGGCCGAUUACUGGCUGGGCUCUCUCAAGCAAACCGAUUGCCAGCAAAGGGCCGUUUGCGAACUCGUCUCCCAGUCCUCCUGGCUCUCUUCAGCCACACGAUGGAGUCAAUCCGCUUAUCGGUCACCGAUGGUGCAGAAGGCCAUCGAGUCGUUCAAAGAAGAGGAAGAACUGGGCGUCCAGUUGGAUGAGUCCAAGUUGGCCUUGCUCGUCCAAGCCGCUUCUCACGGCGAGCAGGGCGUCGACUGCGCCGCUUUCUACCCGCACUGUUCCCUGCCGUUUCACGAGGAAUCGCGAGACCGUCGGCGCUAAAUUUUUUUUUUAGAGUCGUCGCGAUUGUCAUGAUUUUUUUAUUUGAUCAGUGCUGUAUAGAUUUGGCCACAUUGUAUAAGGUGUUGAAUGAUAUGAAAAAUACGAGUUCAAAUAGCGUCACCGCACUCCGGAGUAAAAAAAACAAAAAAACAAACAAUUAAAUCAAUUGGCCGGAGUUGUCCGUCACGUUCGUCACUGCUUUUAUUUGAAUAUUUUAAAUAAAUAAAUAAAUAAAUAGAUUAUA